AAUGGUGGAGAUGUACAGAAAGAGAAUGUGAGAGAAAAGGAGAGACUCAGGAAGUCAACAGGGGAAGUUUAGUGGUUUCUUGCGUCAUUGCUUGCUGCUGCUUGGUUGUGCCUGUGCAGAGUGAAGGUAGGAACAGUCUUAACUCUCUUACUCUUUCUUAUUCUUGUUUUUACCUCUAAGUCACCCCGAAACUGGAGAAGAGUGACAGUGUGUUAGAUGUGGGAUGGUAGGGGUCAGGUUCAAGAGGCUUUAUGUUCUACCACAGGCCUGCAGUCAGAAAGUACAGUUAAAUUGACUUCUGCUGCAGUGAGAGAGCUACGAGCGGCAGGGAAGAGAGGUUCUCUCGGUCACAGAACAGCCAGAGCCAUGGUUUGGGAUGUCAGGGUGUUCAUCAACAUAGGAAGACUAGGCUUGAUUGAAUUUGAAGUGUCCCCAGACCAUGGCACAGAGAGAGUGCUGGGGUGAAGAGUUUGGCCUGUUUAUUUUGUGAAAAAAGACAUUGGGGGAAAGUGAAGAGAGUGAUGCAUGCUGUAGAUUGUGCACGGUGCAUAGUUUGAUUUUAAGGGAUCACAUUAAGUGUUUUGUUGGUGUACCCAUAUUCAGACGAUUUUACUUUUCAGAGUGCCACAAACAUGACACAGCAGAAUGGGUUACAACAUAGCUUAGUAUAGCAAAGUAAAGAUAUGCAUGUCACUGAGCGAAACAAUAAAGCACAAAAUGCAAUGAAGAAAACAACACAGUGUAGAAUAUUAACGGCACUUUGUAAAUGUUUAUGAAAUCCUCAUGGUCACGUUACCAUUGACCAAUUCAUACAGAAACUAAAAAUCACAGACACACAUAGAGAGUUGACAACAGGGCUGAAUGUGAGAGGUUGAGGCAGGAGAAAAGAAGAGAUGCGGAGACUCCGGAGAAAAGGAGGGAACAAUGAGAAGGUGUUUGGCUGUGUGUGACCUGUUGGACCACCUGGCUACAAGCUGUCAGGAGAGUAAGUCCCAUGUUCCCUCAGUCUGUUAGAAUAUGUUAUACUUGAAUUUGUUAAAUAUCAGCCUACAGUUUUUCCUCCCUGUCAGUUCUAUAGAAUAUUAUAAUCUUGUCUGCCUCAGUUCCACAGAUGCUGCGAAGCUGUAGUGAAUUCAUUGAGGAGCACGGGGGUUCUAAAUGUGUCAUGACGUGAAUAUCAUUAAUGUGAUGACUGUUAUUUAUCGAAUCAACUAUGUUUAAUUGUUAGCGAUUAAAUUAAUCAUGUAACAAUUAACUCAUUAGGAAUUUGAGGCACCAGGGAAGAAGUUGUUUAAUGAGUUACCAUCUACCGCAGGAGUGGCUUCAGGACAAAAAUGUCCUUUGGAGGCCGAGCCAGAGCCCGGACUUGACCCCGAUCAAACAUCUCUGGAGAGACCUGAAAAUAGCUGUGCAGCGAUGCUCCCCAUCCAACAUGACAGAGCUUGAGAGGAUCUGCAGAGAAGAAUGGGAGAAACUUCCCAAAUACAGUGACAGGAUCAGUGUACUGCAAUUCACAAACGGCACAAUCAUCGUGGCGUCCCAUGACAGAACUGUCAAAAUGUGGGGCAAACAUCAAGGUGUGUUUGUGUGGGUCCUGUUCUAGUCUUGGAGGUGAACCUGCACUGCUCCAGUGAACUGGUGUGGGUGAUGAAGUCAGCUCUACUUCCUCUCCUGUAGAGAACAACCACCCAAACAGCCUCAAUUCGUCGGGGCGUGGACUCUACAAGGUGUCAAAAGCAUUCCAAAGGGAUGCUGGCCGAUUUGAUUUAUUGACUCCAAUGCUUGAUAUCCUUUGGGUGGUGGCUCAUUCGUGAUACACACGGGAAACGGUUGAGCGUGAAAAACCCAGCAGCUUUGCAGUUCUUUACACACUCAAAACCAGUGCACCUGGCACCUAAAACCAUACCUUGUUCAAAGGCACUUUUUCUUGCCCAUUCACCCUCUGAAUGGCACACAUACAUAAUCCAUGUCUCAAGGCUUAAAAAUCCUUCUUUAACUAGUCUCCUCCCCUUCAUCUACAUUGAUUGAAGUGGAUUAAACAGGUGGCAUCAAUAAGGGGUCUUAGACAAUCCAGAUGUAGGCUAUUACAUGGAAAGAGCAGGCAUCCUAAUGUUUCGUGCACUCAGUGUGUAUAUAUGUGUGCCUUAAAAACCCUAAGAGAAUAACCUCUUAAUGUUAAUCAGCUAUAGUUAAUGUAGUAAGCAAUAGUUACUUGAAAUAUAUAAUUCAAUUACGUUUAUUUUAAGUUUACAUUCAUCUAGUUGCACUCUACAUGCAGACUAGAACAGAACCUCGUUUUUACCUGCCAGGCAAGGCCGGUGAUAAUUAUACCAAUUUUGAAGGGCUGUUGCAGUCUUGUAUUUACGGUAGUACAUAUUUAUGUCACGUGUUGAAGGGAAGCGCGAUUGCAAUUGCGCACGCAUCUCACACGCAAUAUUGUUGCAAUUUGUCAACAUUUACUGAUUGUUUGUUGCAUAUUAGCUCGGAAAUUGGAGACUUUACUUAGCGCAGAGAAUACAAAUUCUGUCAUUUGGACUGGACAAGAUGGCCAGCUGCAAUUUCCAGGCGCAGUUGGUAUCUAUUAUGGAGGUAUUGGCUAAAGCAGCUGUAGCAGAAAUAAACAAACGAGUUGAUGAUAGCUGUGCAGUUAUACGUUUGGAAAUGACCCAAAGCCAGCGAGAUAUUGAUGUACUGAAAAGGAAGUGUCAAAUGAUGGAGGGCGAGCUGAAGAAGACGCGAGUCAGGAGAAAAGUUUUUUACCCCAUGGCAUCAGCAAGAUCUUCAUAUCCAGUCAAGAUUGUUUUGAACAAGCAGAGGAGUAACUCACAGUGGAGAGAUGGAGAGGACUCUCAACCCCAGCCUACAGAUGUGGAGCAGAGAGCAGAGACUGAACCAAUACUGAUCAAAGAUGAGGAGACGGCAGAGGAUGUGUGGAAGACUGACCCUCAGGAAGAGCUCAGGAUCACUGGAGAGGAGUCUGGUUCCAAGCCUGGGCAACCACCAUCCUUUGAGCAACGGCAUUGUGAUGUGGACUUCAUCACACAACCCAACAUAUCUCCUGAAGACUCAGUGGAACAUUACCCCAAUUCUGAUGGUCCAGAGGAACCAGGCACACCCCAGCUCACAUCUACAGACGUUUUCAGCACAGAGCAGCACCGGCCAGAUGAGGACUCACAAGAUCUAGUGAUGGUGAAGGAUGAGAAAGAGGAGGAGCUGGAUCAGACCACGUCCCUUACAGGACCUGACCAGUUUGUCAUGGAUGAGACUGAUGGGCAGCUGUGGACCUCUGUGGAUCCAGGCAGAGAUACUGACCCAGAUGGCCACCAAAUGUUCUCAUUUCAUGCCUCAGAAGAGUACUCUCAGAAUAUCUCUUUUUUCCCAUCUCAUUGUGGGCUGCCAUCCCUGCCUACUAUGACAGAUGGUGUAGGGCCAUCGGUUCAUUCUAGAGGGAAACCACAUGCUAACAUGUUCAGUGCAGCAGCACACAUGAAAAGACAUGUCAGGACAUUGGCUGAUGAGACUAGACAACAGAUGCCAGAAGAACAGAGCAGUGAGACGCUGAACUCAAAUAAUGAUGGAAAUAGUUUAGCUUUACAGCCAAGGCAGCAUCAGCAAAGGGCUUCAGAAGCAACAGUGAGAAUGAGUGAGUGCAUGACAGGGUCAAACAUGGCCACCACCUCCACCUUCUCUGGAUACAGCCUGAGUCGCAGUAGUUUUAACAUGGUGAAGAGAAUGAGGACUCAGUGGAGGUCGGGCGGCACCACUGAGAGGCGUUUCAGAGAGAAACCGCACACCUGCGAACAGUGUGGCAGGAGUUUCACCAAGCAGUGGAACCUGAUCAGACAUGCUGUGGUCCACAGCGGGGAGAAGCCCUACGAGUGCACACAGUGUGGGAAAUGCUUCACCCGGCGCUCCAGUAUGAAGUCACAUCAGAGAACUCACAUAGGAGAGAGUCCAGUGUCUCAACAUGUUGUACCCCGAUACCCCUUGGAUCCACAUACAAGUUUAAUGUUGUCUCAGGCCAGGUGGAAUAAAUAGGGACAUAAUUGCAUACUUUCUAUGUGAAAAUGUGGUCUGUAUUUAGAAGGUACAGAGACAUUUUACAAUAUUUUUCUCCCAAUUGAUUUGUGAAAUGCUUUGUCUGUUGAUGGCUCCUCACUUUCAUUUUAACAAUCUAUUUACAACUGGUAAUGUGUUUUUGCCCAACAAAAUCAUAAACAUGUUAUAUUCAUUCAAAUAAAAUCAUGAAAGAGUC